AUAUUGGAAAGGCGCUGGGAUCAAAAUGGUGAAUUUAGGUGAUGGGUUAGUGUGAGUGAUGGGUACCGGUACAAUCUUCGAAAUAAUAUGGACCAAGAUAUAUCAUAUUCUACGACUGUAGAACUUUCGAUAGCUUGCAGGAAUUUGUGCGAUACUGAUGUUUUAUCGAAAUCUGAUCCACUUGUUGUUGUGUUUGAAAAAUCGUUUCUAGAUAAUCAAUGGGUUGAAUUAGAUAGAACGGAAAUCAUCAAUAAUAAUUUAAAUCCUGAUUUUGCUAAGAAGAUUGUCAUGGAAUAUCAUUUUGAGGAGCAACAACGUUUAAACUUUGCUGUAUACGAUGUUGAUUGCAAGUCAGACAAAUUAGAAAAACAUGAUUUUCUGGGCCAUUGUGAGACAACUCUGGGUGAAAUCGCCUCUUCAGGAAAGAUUAGUAAACCCUUAAAAAAUGGUCCUUCGGAUGAAUGUGGGUCAAUUAUUAUUUCUGCGGAGGAAGUUUCUUCUUGUAGAGAUGAAAUAACACUCGACAUUUCUGGGAGAAUGUUGGACAAAAAAGACAUAUUUGGGUCAUCUGACCCUUUCCUCGCAUUUUACCGUGUGAAUGAAGACGGAAGUCGAACAGUCGUUUAUCGAACAAAAGAGAUAAGAAACACUUUAAAUCCAAACUGGGAGCAGAUGAUUAUACCAUUAAAACUUUUAUGUAAUGGUGAUCAUGACAGACCUCUGGUAAUUGCUUGUAUUGACUGGAACAGAAGUGGAAGAGAAAGUUUAAUCGGUGAAGUUACUACAUCUGCUAAUGAAUUGUUAACUAUGUUUAACAAUGGGAUAUACUCACUUAAUCUUAUUAAUCCCAAUAAAGCAAAAAGACAUAAACAUUAUCAAAAUUCUGGAACUCUAUAUUUGAAUUUGGUCAGGAUCGAAAAGGUAUAUAGCUUUCUGGAAUAUGUUCAAGGAGGUACUGAACUAAGCUGUUGUAUUGCAAUAGAUUUUACAGCAAGUAAUGGUAGCCCACAAGUUCCUGGUACAUUACAUUACAGUACAGUUACUCAACCAUCACAAUAUGCAGUAGCUUUACAAGCUGUAGGAGAAAUAAUUAGUGACUACGAUAGUGAUAAUUUAUUCCCUUCAUUUGGAUUCGGUGCUUGUAUUCCACCUGAUAGUAAUGUAUCACAUUGCUUUCCUUUGAAUGGACAUAUGGAUAAUCCUUACUGUGAAGGUAUUCAAGGUGCAAUGGCUGCUUAUGCCCAUUCAUUGCGAACAGUAAAGUUUCAUGGACCAACAAAUUUCGCUCCAAUUAUUAACACAGUAGCAAGUAUUGCACGUCAAUCUGUUGAUGGUUCACAAUAUUCCAUUUUAUUAAUUCUUACUGACGGGAUCAUAUCGGAUCUGCCUCAAACAAAGGCUGCCAUAGUAAAUGCGUCCAGUUUACCUCUAAGUAUUAUUAUUGUUGGUGUUGGUCCUGCAAAUUUCGAUGAAAUGGAGGAACUUGAUGGAGACGAAGUAAGAUUAAGUUCUCGUGGAAAAACUGCAAUUCGUGAUAUUGUUCAAUUUGUUCCUUUUCGCAAUUUCCAUCAGUUGAAUAAUAUUCAAGAGAGUAAAAGACGUUUAACUAAAGCUGUUCUCUCAGAAAUCCCAGAUCAACUUGUAUCGUAUAUGCGAAUGCAAGGAAUUAAACCGUUGAACACACAAAAUAAUAAUUAUGGGAUGGAAAAACGUAGUUUGGAUUUCAGUAAUUCGAAUUGUAACAUGUAUCAUUCAAAUAGAUUGCCUAAGGUUCCACCUUAUCCUACUGAUCUUACUAAUCCUCCCUACCCUAAUUGUUAAUCAAACUAAUAUUCUAUCAAUAUAUGAAACAAUAAUAAAGCCAUUUAAUUUGAAUGCAUAAUGCAUGCUUUUAAAUUAUACUGGGUUUUCUUUUUCUGUAUAGUUGAGUUUAACUAUUUCUACUUUUAUAAUGUCUUAAAACAUUCAUAAAUAUCUUUAAUUUGUUUCUGACUGAUGAUAAUCACUAUCACAAUGGUGGCAUUCUAUGUAAUUUUACAGAAUUAGUGAAAAUUAACAAUUUCAUGUUGAUCAUAAUGUUUAAUAUCUACGAACAUUAUAAAUAUGUGUCCCAAUAAUGUACUUGUGCAUAUGAAGAUCGUUUAAUUCGUUUUGAUUUUAAUGUCGUCCGUGCAAUAAUAUUCUCUCACUUUGUUCUACUAUUUGGUUUAAAUGUCUUUCCUGAAGUAUUUUUCCGUCCUACCAAGUAGCAGUAAUAGUUUACUAACUUUCUUAUUAUUUCAUGUUUAAUUUAAUUUCAAUCAUUUUGUUUAUAUUCGUGUUUUUUAACUAUAAUAAAUCCUUCUGUUGUUAACAUUUUACUUAACUUAUGUUUUUUUGUGAACAUUUUUGGCUUUUUUUCUAUUGGUGAGAUUGGCUGCGAUAUGAAAUUCAUGAUACGCAGUGACUGAAAAGAAGGAAGUUAUAUAUAAU